GUGCAGGAUGGUGGCGGCAGCGCUGGAGGCUGGCGGCGGGUAGAAAAUGGCGGACUUCGAGGAGCUGAGGACACAAACAUGGUGACCGAUAUAAGAAAAUGUCGCCUACAAAGACGAUCAAGAUACGUAGCUAAGCCACAGAAAGCUACCUCAUUAGCAUUGGAAACUUCUGUCAUGCAAAAUAUGGUAUCAAGUUUUCGAGUCUCUGAACUACAAGUGCUGUUGGGCUUUGCUGGACGUAACAAAAGUGGGCGCAAACAUGACCUCCUAAUGAGGGCAUUGCACUUGCUGAAGAGCGGCUGCAGCCCAGCGGUUCAGAUAAAGAUCCGAGAACUCUACAGGCGGCGCUACCCCCGGACAAUAGAAGGCCUUUCAGACUUGUCUGCCAUAAAACCCCCCGUCUUCAAUUUGGACAGCAGCUCUUCUCCUGUGGAGCCUGACCUGGGUGGGUUCCAGCCGCAGCCGAUACCGUCUACUUCGGUCACUCCUCAGUCCCCUUCCUCACCGCUCAGUUCAGUGCUGCUUCAGGAUACAAAGCCGCGCUUUGAAAUGCAGCAGCCGUCCCCUCCGAUUCCACCAGUGCACCCUGAUGUCCAGCUGAAGAGCCUCCCUUUUUACGAUGUGCUUGAUGUUCUCAUCAAGCCUACAAGCUUAGUACAGAGCAGUAUACAGAGGUUUCAGGAGAAGUUCUUCAUCUUUGCUUUAACACCUCAACAAGUCCGAGAAAUCUGCAUUUCCAGGGACUUUUUGCCAGGAGGCAGAAGAGAUUAUACUGUGCAAGUUCAGCUGAGGUUGUGCCUGGCAGAGACCAGCUGCCCUCAAGAGGAUAAUUACCCGAGUAGUUUGUGCAUAAAAGUAAAUGGAAAACUUUUUCCAUUGCCGGGAUAUGCACCACCACCCAAAAAUGGAAUUGAGCAAAAGAGGCCUGGCCGUCCGCUGAACAUUACGUCAUUAGUUAGGCUAUCCUCGGCAGUGCCGAAUCAGAUUUCUAUUUCCUGGGCAUCUGAAAUUGGAAAGAGUUACUCAAUGUCUGUGUAUCUUGUGCGCCAGCUCACCUCAGCCAUGUUGUUACAGAGGCUAAAGCUGAAAGGUAUUCGAAACCCUGAUCAUUCAAGGGCACUGAUUAAAGAGAAACUCACUGCCGAUCCAGAUAGUGAAAUUGCCACUACCAGCCUGCGCGUAUCACUGAUGUGUCCUCUGGGGAAAAUGAGGCUGACCAUUCCCUGCCGAGCUGUUACUUGUACUCACCUGCAGUGCUUUGAUGCGGCUCUCUAUCUACAAAUGAAUGAGAAGAAACCUACCUGGAUCUGUCCCGUGUGUGACAAGAAAGCUGCUUACGAGAGUCUCAUAUUAGAUGGGCUCUUUAUGGAAAUUUUAAAUGAAUGUUCAGACGUAGAUGAGAUUAAAUUCCAAGAGGACGGAACCUGGUGUCCCAUGAGGCCAAAGAAGGAGGCUCUGAAAGUUGCUGGCCCACAGUGCUCCAAAAUAGAAAGUUCCAGUGUUGUCGGCAAGCCAUGCUCCACGCCAGUGUCCAGCAGCGAGGUCGGCAAGAAGAAAGUCGACGUUAUUGAUCUCACUGUCGAGAGCUCCUCUGAUGAGGAAGACGAUACUCCUCCCAAAAGGAAAUGCAUAUAUAUGUCUGAAACACAAGCAAGUCCCACCAAAGGGGUGCUCAUGUAUCAGCCAUCUACUGUACGAGUCCCUGGGGUGAACACAGUGGAUCCUGCUGCUAUUCCACCGUCAUUAACUGACUUCUCUGUACCAUUCCACCACCCACCAAUAUCGAGUAUUUCAUCAGACUUGCCUGGUCUGGAUUUUCUUUCCUUAAUCCCAGUUGAUCCACAGUACUGUCCUCCUAUGUUUUUGGAUAGUCUCACCUCAGCGUUGCCAACAAGCAGCACCCCUGGCAACAUCAUCACCUCAACCAGCCACCAUGACAGCAGCACUCGCGUCAGCUCCUCGGGCAGGAGCGAGACGGCAGUCAUCACUAGCAGCGGGACCAGCCUGCCCGAUAUCAUUUCCCUGGACUGAGACCCUCCGGCACAAGAACGGAGCUGUCCCUUUGCAUGCACGGACCCACGUACCAGCUGUCGCUUGGACCUGAUGUGGCGUAUUUAUUGAAGGAGGAAAAUCUGCAGAUUGUUAACCGUCUGCAAGCGGAUUAGCGAAGCUGAUUCAAGAAGAAAAAAACUGACUUGGAAGGACAUUUGGGUUUUUGUUUUUUUCUCUUUUUCUACUUUGGAGGAAUACAGUCUUGUUUUGGAACGUCAGCCCUUCAAACUCAUUACGAAGAAACUGACAUACCUUUGUUGCUGCAUGGAUUCCAGGAAGGGCGGGGGGAUUCCGGUGUGGAUUUUAAUUUUUUUUUUUUUUUACAAACAGCAAUAAUGUAAAAAAAAACAAAACCCCCUUUUUUGUAAAGUAAAAAGCACUUAUUAACUCUGGAUUGACAAGACCCUACGUUUAACCCGGACAAGAGGAAGGAGCAUGGUGUUUGAAUUAUCCACUCAGCAGAGAAGGAAAGUGAAGUUUUGGGAAAUAACCCUUGCAUAUACUUUAAGCUUUCUUCAGGCCUUCUUGUCCCAAAUCUGGAUUUUUUUCAUUUUUGCUCCGAUACUGCUCAAUUAAAAAAAAAAAAAAGCAAAGCUUGAAAAAAAAAUGAAAUUUUCUUCUCAGAUAAUUUUGGGGGGAAGAGAAUGCUAUGCAAACUCAGCUUCAUGCAUAUCCAUGUUCAUAAAAAUGUGAAUGCAAAGUUCAGCAGUUACCUUCAGGAUUGGGGAGAUUGAUUCUCCUUGGAUGAAAGAAGAGAUGUCUGCUUCUCUGCAAGCCAUGCCCUACGAAACGGCUGGUUCUUCAGAUCUGAAUGUGGUGGUAUGCCACAUUUUGCCUCCAUUAUAAGAUGGAAACUUUUUGUUUUGGAAUUCCAUGGUAAGACUGAUAAUCAGCCUCUUCAAGUACCUAUGAGAAUAACAUACUUGAUUGCAUUGAUUGAUAAUCUUUGCCAAAUCACCAUUUAAAAAAAAAUCCCACGAGAUGCUAAUAGUUAUUUUGAGCAGCCUGUGAUGUAGGUAGUUUACACUCCAUAGUGCUCGUCUCUAAGGAGGGCAUGCAAUUUUUACCCAUCGGUAGUCAAUACCUGAGCAUCUUAGGAAUAGCUAGCACACAGACCCUUGGUUUGUAACGUUACCAUCCGUUUUCCCAAACCCGAUGCUCGGAAUCCUCCAGAGAUAGGAGAAAUACAUGGAUUGGCUUUUGGGUUAUAAUUCACAGCUGUUUUUUCAUAGCCGUGCAGAAUGUGAGCAACAUCAACUGUAAGCUGCUUAACAUGGGCAGCUUUUGAGAUGUGUUGACAGGUGUUCAAAGUACAGAAACUACCUUGACCCAUCUUACUAAAAAGUACCUGUGGUGGAAAUACAGGCUGCCCUACUUCCGUGUCACAUGACAUGCAACUUUUCCUGACUAUUAAGAAAGGGGAGUCAUGCGUGACCCUUCCUGCAUUAGAGGGUCUCCAAAUUUUUCCACAAGGAAUUUUUUAGCAAUUUUGUAGAAGUGGGAGUUUCAGCAGGUGUCACUUUUCCUGUCGGUGCGGCAGGGCUCCGAAGUCAGAGCACCUGCAUGUUCCUCCUCUGUAGAAGCAAAAGGUAGAAGUGCCCUAAUGGUAAAAGGCUAUCCUUUACAGUAAUUUUUUUUUGCAGUUUCUCUUCCCACUCCCCUUCAUUUCUUGAUGUUACCCUGUUAAGAAUUAAAUGCUUCAUUCUCCCAUCUGUUAAAUACUUGUACUUGAUUUGGUAGGGUUUUUUCCCCAGCUAGGCAAGUCUCCAAGGAUAUUUUAUAAAUUUCGGUCCAGAUUAUCUCUACAUAGAGGAGUCUGAAUUGUUGAGUGCAGAUAUUGUGUCUUGUUUCAGUUCUAAACCCCCCCCCCAAUCUCUUCAUUUCCCAUAUGACUUCCUAAAACCGAGUUCUCAGCUCAUAGGUGGGUAUUUCAUUUCAUCCAAUUUUCUGUGUUGGCUAAUUUUGUACCUGUGAAGGUAAUCUGGUAUCCUCCAAUUAAAGCCAUGCUGGUUUCUGAUA